AUGGACGUGGACGUGGAGGACUUGGACGUGGACAUGGACGUGGACGUGGAUGUGGACGUGGACGUGGACGUGGACAUGGACAUGGACGUGGACCUGGACGUGGACGUAGACAUGGACGUGGACGUGGACGUGGACAUGGACGUGGACGUUGACGUGGACGUGGACAUGGACGUGGAGAUGGAUGUGGACGUGGACGUGGACGUGGUUGUGGACGUGGACGUGGACGUGGACGUGGACGUGGACGUGAAGGACUUGGACGUGGACAUGGACGUGGACGUGGACGUGGACGUGGACGUGGACGUGGUCGAGGACGUGAAGGACUUGGACGUGGAUGUCGACGUGGACGUGGUCGUGGACGUGGACGUGGACAUGGACGUGGACGUGGACGUGGACAUGGACGUGGACGUGGACGUCGACGUGGACAUCGACGUGGACGUGGACGUGGACGUGGACGUGGACCUGGACGUGGACGUGGACGUGGACGUGGACGUCGACGUGGACAUCGACGUGGACGUGGACGUGGACGUGGACCUGGACGUGGACGUGGAUGUGGAGGACUUGGACGUGGACAUGGACGUGGACAUGGACGUGGACGUGGACGUGGACAUGGACGUGGAUGUGGACGUGGACGUGGACGUGGACAUGGACGUGGACGUGGACGUCGACGUGGACGUGGAUAUGGACGUGGACAUGGACGUGGACAUGGACGUGGACAUGGACGUGGACGUGGACGUGGACAUGGACGUGGACAUGGACGUGGACGUGGACAUGGACGUGGACGUGGACGUGGACAUGGACGUGGACAUGGACAUUGACGUGGACGUGGACAUGGACGUGGAUGGGACGUGGACGUGGACGUGGACAUACGUGGACAUUGUCGUGGACGUGGACGUGGACGUGGACGUGGUCGUUGACGUGGACGUUGACGUGGACGUGGACGUGGACUUGGACGUGGACGUGGACGUGGACAUGGACGUAGACGUGGACGUGGACAUGGACGUGGACGUAGACGUGGAGGACUUGGACGUGGACAUGGACGUGGACGUGGACGUGGACUUGGAGAUGAACGUGGACGUGGACGUGGACGUGGACAUGGAGGUGGACAUGGACGUGGACGUGGAUGCUCUUGGACCAGGCAAGCUCUUGGACUAG